AUGCUGCUGCGGGUGCGCGCCGCCGUGGCGCAGCUGGCGGCGGGGCUGGGCGCGGGGGCGGGCGCGCAGCCCCCCGCCGAGCCCCGGGGCGGCGGGGCCGGGAGCGGGGCAUCGCCGCCCGCGGCCGCGUUCUGCCGGCCGGCCUUCCUCCAGCUGACGCCCGAGGAGCUGCGCCGCGCCGACGAUCACACCGGGCGGGCCGUGCAGAGCCCCCGCGACGGCCGCCGCCGCCUGCCCUGGAGGACGGGAUACGCCGAGGUGAUAAAUGCAGGGAAGAGCCAGCACAAUGAGGACCAGGCGUGCUGCGAGGUGGUGUUUGUGGAGAGGAGGCCCAGCCCGAGGGGCCGGCUGAUGUCCCGGGAGGGCGGCGGGGAGCUGGACGGGGGCAGGAAGGGUUUUUAUUUCCACUACUGGGCCCUGUUUGACGGCCAUGCAGGCAGUGGUGCUGCUGUCAUGGCAUCUGAGAAGCUCCACGUGCACAUCUGUGAGCAGCUCCGGGACCUCGUGGACAUCCUACAGGACCCCUCCCCUCCUCCCAUCUGCCUCCCACAUGGCCCUGGGGAUCCAACCCGGGUGUCAGUCGCAGAGGAUGACGGGGAGGUCCCCAACGAUGCUGUGCCACGGUUUCACCUGGAGAAAGCCGUGUCCCACGAGAGCCUGGUGAUCGGCGCCAUUGAGAACGCCUUCAAGCACAUGGACGACCAGAUCGAGCGGGAGCGGGGGGCCCAGCACCUCGCUGGGGGCUGCUGUGCCCUGGCUGCCAUCUACCUCAUGGGCAAGUUCUACGUGGCCAACGCUGGUGACAGCAGGGCCAUUAUCAUCCGUAACGGGGAAAUCAUUCCAAUGUCCAGGGAGUUUACUCCAGAGACAGAGAGGCAGAGGCUGCAGUUUUUAGCACUGCUGAGGCCUGAGCUGCUGGGGAAGGAAUUCACCCACCUGGAGUUCCCCCGCAGGAUCCAGCCCAAGGAGCUGGGGAAGAAGAUGCUGUACAGGGACCAGAACAUGAAUGGCUGGGCUUACAAAAAGAUAGAAGAGGAUGACCUGAAGUUUCCACUUAUCUACGGGGAAGGCAAAAAGGCUCGGAUGAUGGCCACAAUCGGGGUCACACGGGGCCUGGGAGACCACGACCUCAAGGUGUUCAGCUCCAACAUCCACAUCAAGCCUUUCCUGUCCUGCUUCCCGGAGGUCAGGGUUUACGACCUCACACAGUACGAGCACUGCCCCGACGACGUUCUGGUCCUGGGCACCGACGGGCUCUGGGAUGUCACCAACGACAAGGAGGUGGCUGGUGUGGUGAUGGAGGUGCUGACGAGCUACGAGCCCAACGACCCCUGCAGGUACACCAUGGUGGCCCAGGAGCUGGUGGUGCGGUCCCGGGGGGUGCUGAAGGAGCGGGGCUGGCGGCUGGCCAACGACAAGCUGGGCUCUGGCGAUGACAUCUCCGUCUUCGUGAUCCCUCUGGGUGGCCCGGGCAACUACACGUGAUGCCCGGAGAGCCCGGGGCUCGCCUUGCCUGGGUGGAGGUGAACGGGACACUGGCACUGCCUCAGGGCCACCUCUCCCUCAAGCACUUUUUUCCUGAGCCGACCACGAGAAGAGUAAGAAACCUGGAGCCUCAGUCUGUGCCCCUGUCCAGAGCAUCCCCUCCACCUGCUUGCAUCCCAGCCCCAGGUGGAGGUGGAGAGGCCUUGGAUGGAGAGUGAAGACUGGGGUUGAGGGAUGUUUUUGUGCUGCUACUUUCUCAAUGCUGUGAAAAGUCUGAAGGCUCCCUGAGUCCUCAGCGUGUUCUUUGCCCCUCGCCCUGGCUGUGCUGGUUCCAGCCCUGUGUGAUGGCUGUGGGGCUGGUGGAGCACUUGUACCUGCUGCAGUCACCUCCUGUCCCCUGCCCUGUGACCUUGGGACACUGAAGCUGCUGUUGGGGCUGGGCACUGGGGCUUGGAUGGGAUGUGGAUGAGGGUGAAGCCCCACUGGCAGCUGGGUGAUGCUCAGCCCAGCACAAAUCCAAUUGGGGGUGGUGUGGCGGUGAGUGAGCCCCACCAUGGCCAUCCCAGCUUUGUGCUCCCAAUUUCCAACCCCUCACACCUCUGUUCCAGUCACAUACCUUGUCUCAGUCUCUGGUUUGGGAGGAUGGAGCAGUGACCAAGCCCUGCCGUGCACCCAGAGCCCCGGAGAGGGAUGAGCCAUUGCACUGGCACUGGCUGUGCCACAGGUUCUGCCCCCCCCCACCUUCCCAUGCCUUGGAUCACUGCUGUGCUUCUAGAGCCAGUUAUGUAUUGACUGGAGAGCUGAGCUGGAAAGCAUCUAAAUCCUUUCUUGGUGUGGGGAGUCUAUGAAUGUAUGUCCAUAUUUUUGAGUGGUUCUGAAUUAGCAGCCGCACACAGAGCAGCCCUAUUCAGGCGAGCUUAACAGCUUAACUGCGCGCUGUGGAUCUGCUUAGCCCGGGGCUGGGAACCCACAAUAAAAGCAGCUUGGUGUGACCAGGGUGGGGGCAGACAGCUCCCUCCCUUUCUUAAUAAUCUCAAAACUGUUGUAGGGCGGAGCGGGAGCAGUUGAUCUCUGCGCAGGAUCUUUGCAUCACACAGAUCUCCCCCCGGGGCAUCCAUUUCCCGCACCUCUGCAGAGUGUUUUAUCCUCCCAAACUGUGAGGGAUUGUCCCAUCCUGGCAGCGUGGAGGUGGGAAGAGCUGGGCCAUGGUUCCUUGUUUGGCAAAGGCUCUGUGGCACCGGGAGUUUGUGUCCUGUCACUGGGCACGGACAGCUCUUGUAAGGUGUCACCUCCGAUGAAUGUUUGUCUCCUGUAACCAGUGAGAUGUAAAUAAACUGGGUGCACUUAAUGGGAGGUGGAAGUGAUCCAGUGAGAUUUGAACCUGUUGGCAUCCAUGCUGAAGGGAGCAGGGAGUGGUACCGGGGCCAGGAGCCUGUCCUUGCGUAGCACUGUGUGUUUAAAUAAAGGU